CUGCAGAACUACAUUUCCCAGAAGUCAAUGCGACGAGGGAAGCGCGUGGUAGUAGGUUAGCUAAGCGCUGCUGGCAGGCACUUUCACGAGGUUAACAAUGACACUGGACCCAGCUGCUGGAUAGCUUGCUGUCAGAAAAUGUCAUCAUGUGGAAUGAGGCAAAGGUCAACAUUUCCUCCUACACGUGAACGGCAGCAUGUAGCAUUUUGACUACCCUGUCAUCGCCCUGUUGAGUUCAUUUACACCAUCUCAGGUACUCUCUGGCAUAGAGAGGGAGUUGGAUUGAAAACCCCAAAACAGGUUUUUACAGCAGGAAGUCGGCAGCUUUUUUCCCCCCACGUCAAAAGCAAUCCUCACGUGGUGAUUUGACGCAGCAGAAAAGUUACACUCUGCAUCACAAGAGUGGUCCCACUGACACAAUGGUAGCGGAGGACACAGCAGGAAGUGGAGACCGAUCAGAGGGGGAGAAGGAGAUGGACCAGAAGGCGCCCACAUCUGAAGAGAGAGACGUAGAGAUGGUUGUGUCUGCUGCCGAAGGUCCUCCAGGGGAAGACGCGCAGCCCAGAAAGUGGAAGGGGGCCGUAAUAUUCUUGUGUUUCUACGGGUUUAUGAUAUCGAUAAAGCCCGGCGAGCCCUUCAUUACACCGUAUCUUCUCAGCUCUGAGAAGAACUUCACCCGGGAACAGGUGACCAAUGAGAUCACUCCCGUGCUGACGUACUCCUACAUGGUGGUGCUGGUGCCAGCCUUCCUGGUGACGGACCUCCUGCGCUACAAGCCGGUCCUGAUCAUCCAGGGCGUCAGCCACGUGGUGAUCUGGCUCCUUCUGCUGCUGGGCACCAGCCUCCUGGAGAUGCAGUUCAUGGAGUUCUUCUACGGCAUCACCAUGGCCUGCCGCGUGGCCUACUCCUCCUACAUCUUCUCCCUGGUCAGCCCGGCCCUCUACCAGCGCGUGGCCGGAUACUCGCGCUCCGCGCUCCUCUUGGGGGUGUUCACCAGCUCGGUGCUGGGCCAGCUGUGCAUUUCCUUCGGCGAUAUCCGCUUCUACACCCUCAGCGCCGUGUCUUUGGGUUUCGUCAGCUUCGGACUGACGCUGUCGGUGUUCCUGCCCUGGCCUAAACGCUCGCUGUUUUUCAACCGGACGCUGUUUCAGGAGCAAAAGGAAGCGGCAGCGGCCGCCACCAAGUCAGAACUGUACCAAAUGAACCCGAAAGAGAGCGCCUCGUCCUCGGCAGCCCCCCCAUGCUCUGCGUCACGCUGGAGGGAUUCUGUCUUUUUGCAGAUGCUGCUGGAGGUGAGAAAUGUGGCGAGGAGGCCCAACCUGAGGCUCUGGUCCCUGUGGUGGGUGUUCAACUCCACAGGGUACUACCUGGUGCUGUUCUACGUUCACAUCCUGUGGAACAAAGUCCAUCCGGUCACUGAGAACAAGAACGUUUACAACGGGGGAGUGGAGGCAGCUUCUACCCUGCUGAGUGCACUGACGUCCUUCAUCGCCGGCUAUGCGACGAUUCGGUGGAAGGUCUGGUCCGAGCUGGUCAUCGGUGUCAUCACAGCCCUGCAGGCGGGUCUGCUGCUCCUCAUGGCCACCACGGACAACAUCUGGGUCUGCUACAUGGCCUACGUCCUCUUCAGGGGCUUCUACCAGUUUCUGGUGCCGAUUGCCACAUUCCAGAUUGCCUCGUCACUCACCAAGGAGCUGUGCGCCUUAGUGUUUGGCAUCAACACCUUUUUGGGGACCAUACUGAAGAGCAUCAUCAUCCUGAUAUUUUCUGACAAGAGAGGCCUGGCGUUGGACGUGCAGUCUCAGUUCCUGGUGUACACCGGUUACUUCGGCAUUCUCACCGUCGUCUACCUCGUCUGUGCUGCGGUGGUCAUCACCCGCCAUUAUAGAAACAAGCGUGAAGGAGAAGGAGGCGGGGACAAGGAACAGGUGGCGUCCACAGAGCUCAGCCCCAUGGCUGCAGAGUCGGAGGCGGAGCCUCUGUCCAACGGCAACAAUGCCAAAGCGUAACGACAAGAAACGCGCCUGGCCUUUAAACUGCUUACCUGGAGCUUUGAGACUCAGCGGGAUCAAUCGUUUAAACCCUCGACGUCCAUGAGGUGGUUUGUAUGUGAGCCUUAAAUCACAGCAGUGCCUCUCGUGCGACCUGAAGCUGCUGCACUGCACCAGUCAGACCAACACCAGGGGAGAGUUUUCUAUUUGUCUUUGAUGGUCCGCUGUGAGAAGAAUAAAUUCUCCUUUUUAGAAAGUUGACUACAAAGCAUGAGGCGGUGCUAUGCUUUCAUCCGCAGACAGAGGGACCAUUCAUGUGAUGGCCAGAAUUGAGCACCUUUCUGUAUUCAGUACUAGCGAGGAGUUUCCUGAUUCCGAUGUGACCACCAAGUGUUAAAACAGCUUUGAUUAGACAUCACACUUCUUUUAUUCACACUCCUGUUGUGUUGUUACAGUGCUAUGAUUAAGUGUUGGUACCAUUUUUAAAAAGCAAAUAUCCAUAUCACUAUAUUUUAGAGGUAUAUGGUACAAUUUUUAAUUCCUGUAUUGAUAAUCCAAUUUCACAUCACAUUGUUAUUAUCACAGUAUGAAAUUGAUCAGUUUAUGUGAAGCUGGAACCUGCAGAUUGCGUGCAGUAUGUUAGAUAAUGUGAUUUCUGAAACACUUUUUAUUGUGGCUGUAAUGCUAGAAGCUGCAGCAUCAGAAUAUUUAGAUUUAUACUUAUUUGAUACAUUGGAACAAGCUGCAGAUUGUGUAGUUUACACAUAUAUGCCUAUUUGAUAAUUAGUCCUAAUGCACAUCAAUGAAUUUAGGUCAUUGAACGUGAUAUUUCUCGUCGGUGUUGAUUUUCAGCAGCAUGCUGGGUGAAGAUGCUUAGCCGAGCAGGAUGAUUGCUCGGCUGCAUCUUAUUGCUGCUAAUUCUAUUUUCUCUGUUUUUGAGCAGGAAGGCUAGAGGCCCGUGUUUCUACUAAGGAUCUUUAACUAAACACACAUAGGAAUGCAGUACGACUUCAUGCAACAGGAACUAAACAACAAACAUGAAGUAGUUGUAAAAAGCAGGCGUGUCUGUACAAUUUAGAAUCUUUUUUACAACAGACGCUACAGUGACGUGGGUUUUUAUUCAUGUGUCUGUUUCUGAUUGAAUUAACUGUGAAUCUGUCUGUAAAAAGACAAACACUGACGUUAAUUACAUGUUUAUUUUGUAUUCACUAAUAAAUUGAGUUUGGUGGAUAAAAA